AUGCGCCGUAGAUUGAUCAGGGAUUAUAUGGUCCCGGUGGUAAUACUGCUGACGAUACUGCUCUGGACGAGUCUCUCGGAGGUGCACGCAAAGAAUGAGGAAGAUGGCGCAGAUGACGGGGAUGACAUGUAUGCCGACGAGUACGAUGACACGUACGACGAGGAGGACGAAAUCAGUGGUCCCCUACCAAUAGGGACGGAUCAUGCACGGCAUCAGAGCGGUGACAGUGAUAAAUCGAGAGCAUCAUCCUCCACGACAGCGUCUGCUGGAACGACGGCCAAGGCAACGUCCACUACCGGUAGUCCAUCGGUGAUCAUUUUCGGUGAUGCGGACGAUUCUACCGAACAGGAAGAAUAUGCGUGUCCGGAAGCGUGCAGCUGUUACGAAGGGAUGAAGUACAUAAACUGUUCCCACCGUGGUCUGCUGGACAUCCCUACCAUACUGCCCAGUGUUGUGAUUCAGCUGGAUCUGAGCUACAACAACUUGAAGCGACUAAACGUGGAAGCGCUCCAGAACGCUACUGCGCUGCAAGAACUCAUCCUAUCGAACAAUGUGAUCGAACAGUUUGACAAGGAACUACUGCUGAAGCUGGACAAACUAGAGCUGCUAGAUCUAUCCUCCAAUCAGCUAUCACAUCUGGAUAGUGAUUGUUUUGCUGAGGCCAGCAAAUCACUGCGUAGGAUAUACCUAAGCAAUAACCCUAUCGUCCUGCCCGACAACGGUCCUUUUCUGGAGCAACCCGAGCUCGAGCAGCUAUACCUGGUGAACUGCAAUCUCACUGAGAUACCGGACGAAACGUUCAAGGAACUGGGAGGGCUCGAGCAGCUCGAUCUCUUCGGCAAUCAGUUCGAAGAGGAAAUGAGUGUGGAUAUGUUCGAGUCCCUUAAGAAUCUGAUACAUCUACGACUACCACCGCUGUCAGAAAACACUGUACGCGAGCUGUGCGAAAAGUUGGAACGGAUCGAUGUAAUUGACAUAACGACGCAUAACAUCAGCUGCUUCUAUCUAGCGUCAGAAUCUUCGUUCGAGGACAGCAUCAUAGUGGAUUUGCCGAAAACUCCCGAGCCCGUAUAUACGACCAAAGAACCAACCACACCACGACCGACGCGCAAAGCACAGAAAACUUUGAAUGAAAUCAUGCAGGACUACAAAUCGUCUACAUCCAAGCUAGAAUCAUCCGAUCUGGCGUUACAACCCACGACCGCACGAUCUACAGAACAGAGAGGCGAAAACAGAUUCAACGGAAGUUUGGUUUCCUCCUCACAAUCUGGAUCUCCUUCAUCCGCUUCCAUCACGCACACUGGCAACUCCCCAGCAGUGGAAGAUGGUGCUGUGAUUAAGCAAUCUUCAACCGGAUCCGAACACCGUCAGGACGGUGAACAGUCCCUGCUUUCAUCGAUAUCGCCCGAAACGAUGAAGCAGAUCCUGAUGGGCAUCAUUGGUGUGACUGUGUUGGCGAUAAUCAUCGGGCUUAUCUGCCGGCGAACUGGCAUGAAGAAUAAACUUUGCGGUACGAAGCGACGCCCCGCACCGACCGAUCAAGUACGACCGGCGGAGGAGGUCCCCCUCAACAAGGUCUAG